AUCGGGGAGGAGAAGUUCCUACCGCCUUCACCACCGUCGCGCAGACGCCACUGAUUCCAGAUCUUCGUCUCCAAUUAGAGAUAUGGGUUCUCAUGGUAAGAGUAAGAGAGGUAGAGGUGGGAGUGAGAAGAAGCGGAGAGAUGAAUCCCAGUCUGGGUCUGAGUCCGAGUCUUACACUUCUGACUCGGAUGGCUCUGAUGAUUUCUCGCCGCCCAGGAGUUCCAGGAGGAAGAAAGGCAGCAGCAGUCGUCGGACUCGACGCCAUAGCUCAAGUGAUGAUUCCAGUGACAGCGAUGGUGGACGGAAGAGUAAGAAGAGAUCUUCAUCUAAGGAUGUCUCAGAGGAAAAACUCAAGGAGUAUAUGUCUAAAAAAGCUCAGAAGAAGGCAUUACGUGCAGCAAAGAAACUGAAGACGCAGUCAGUUUCGGGGUACUCCAAUGAUUCAAACCCAUUUGGGGAUUCGAAUCUUACUGAGACAUUUGUGUGGCGGAAGAAGAUUGAAAAAGAUGUUCACCGUGGAGUACCGCUGGAAGAAUUUUCCGUGAAAGCUGAGAAGAGAAGACACAGGGAAAGGAUGACAGAGGUUGAAAAGGUUAAGAAGAGGAGAGAAGAGAGAGCAGUGGAGAAAGCUCGACAUGAGGAAGAAAUGGCAUUAUUAGCUAGAGAACGUGCUCGAGCUGAGUUCCAUGAUUGGGAGAAGAAAGAGGAAGAGUUCCAUUUCGAUCAAAGCAAGGUGAGGUCAGAGAUUAGAUUACGUGAAGGCCGACUGAAGCCAAUCGACGUCCUUUGCAAGCACUUGGAUGGUUCAGAUGAUCUGGAUAUCGAGCUCAGUGAACCCUACAUGGUUUUCAAGGGACUCACUGUUAAAGAUAUGGAAGAGCUUCGCGAUGAUAUCAAGAUGUAUCUGGAUUUGGAUCGGGCAACUCCAACACGCGUACAAUAUUGGGAGGCGCUUAUUGUGGUAUGCGAUUGGGAGUUAGCUGAAGCUCGUAAAAGGGAUGCCCUUGAUCGAGCUAGAGUUAGAGGGGAGGAACCUCCUGCAGAAUUGCUUGCUCAAGAGAGGGGAUUACACGCUGGUGUUGAAGCUGAUGUGAGAAAACUUCUUGAUGGGAAGACCCACGCGGAGCUUGUAGAACUUCAGUUGGACAUCGAAUCGCAGCUGCGUUCUGGGUCAGCGAAAGUGGUAGAGUAUUGGGAAGCAGUUCUUAAACGCCUCGAAAUAUACAAGGCAAAGGCUUGCUUGAAGGAAAUACACGCUGAGAUGCUGAGGAGUCAUCUACAUCGCCUCGAGCAACUUUCAGAGGGUGAAGAAGAUGUAGAAGUUAAUCAUGGCUUAACACGUGUGGUGGAAGAAAAUGAGGAGGAUAUAAAUGGUAUGAAUCAUUCAGAUGCUGAAGAAGCAUUUUCUCCAGAGCCUAUUGCAGAGGAAGAAGAAGCUGAUGAGGCAGCAGAAGCGGCUGGUUCGUUUUCGCCAGAACUCAUGCACGGUGAUGAUCGUGAAGCAGCAAUCGAUCCUGAGGAAGAUAAGAAGCUACUGGAAAUGAAACGGAUGAUUGUAUUGGAGAAACAGAAGAAACGGCUUAAAGAAGCUAUGGACUCAAAACCAGCACCUGUAGAAGAUAACUUGGAGCUUAAAGCAAUGAAAGCAAUGGGAGCAAUGGAGGAAGGUGAUGCCAUAUUUGGCUCUAAUGCUGAAGUGAACCUCGAUUCUGAGGUAUACUGGUGGCAUGACAAGUACCGGCCAAGAAAACCAAAGUAUUUCAAUCGGGUUCACACGGGUUACGAAUGGAAUAAGUAUAACCAAACACACUAUGACCACGAUAACCCGCCUCCAAAAAUCGUUCAAGGGUACAAGUUUAACAUCUUCUACCCGGAUUUAGUAGACAAGAUUAAGGCUCCCAUUUACACUAUCGAAAAAGAUGGUACAAGCGCUGAAACUUGUAUGAUCCGGUUCCAUGCUGGUCCGCCUUAUGAAGACAUUGCGUUCCGGAUUGUGAAUAAAGAAUGGGAGUAUUCUCAUAAGAAAGGUUUCAAAUGCACGUUUGAGCGUGGGAUUCUGCAUUUGUACUUCAACUUUAAACGACAUAGUUGGUUUCACAAGUUUCAACCACGAGAUAAGCCUCGGAAAAAAGAUAUGUUCUCCGGAAGCACUUACGGCGGUGGCGCGACAGAAACCACCGCCCCAGACGGAGGAAAUGAAACAGAAACGGUGGCCAAACUUCCACCAAUAGGCGGUGACGGAGAAGCACUCUCAAAUACAACAAAACAGAAAGUUGCUGCAGCCAAACAGUACAUUGAGAAUCAUUAUAAAGAACAGAUGAAGAACCUCAACGAGAGGAAAGAGAGACGAACAACGCUUGAGAAGAAGCUAGCGGAUGCAGAUGUAUGUGAAGAAGACCAAAACAAUCUUAUGAAGUUUCUUGAGAAGAAAGAAACAGAGUACAUGAGACUCCAAAGGCAUAAAAUGGGUGCUGAUGAUUUCGAACUCUUAACUAUGAUUGGUAAAGGUGCUUUUGGAGAGGUUCGAGUUGUUAGAGAGAUCAACACAGGUCAUGUUUUUGCUAUGAAGAAACUCAAGAAAUCAGAAAUGCUUCGGCGAGGCCAGGUGGAGCAUGUAAGAGCAGAGAGGAAUCUAUUGGCAGAAGUAGACAGUAACUGUAUAGUGAAGCUUUAUUGUUCUUUUCAAGACAAUGAGUAUCUUUAUCUGAUAAUGGAGUAUUUGCCUGGAGGAGAUAUGAUGACUCUUCUGAUGAGGAAAGACACUUUAAGUGAGUAUGAAGCGAAGUUCUAUAUCGCUGAAGCUGUUCUCGCUAUCGAAUCUAUCCAUAACCGCAACUAUAUCCACAGGGACAUAAAGCCGGAUAACUUGUUGCUUGAUAGAUAUGGACAUUUGAGGUUAUCUGAUUUUGGACUAUGUAAGCCAUUGGAUUGUAGUGUUAUCGACGGAGAAGAUUUCUCGGUAGGGAAUUCGGGUAGCGGAGGAGGUUCAGAGAGCGUAUCAACCACUCCUAAACGCUCGCAGCAAGAACAGUUGGAACAUUGGCAGAAGAAUCGAAGAAUGCUUGCUUACUCAACCGUUGGUACACCAGACUACAUUGCACCUGAAGUCUUGUUAAAGAAAGGAUACGGCAUGGAAUGUGACUGGUGGUCACUAGGAGCUAUAAUGUACGAAAUGCUUGUUGGGUAUCCACCCUUUUACGCCGACGACCCAAUGUCCACUUGUAGAAAGAUAGUGAAUUGGAAAACACAUUUGAAGUUCCCUGAAGAAGCAAGGCUAUCACGAGAGGCAAGAGAUCUUAUUGGUAAGCUCUUGUGUAGCGUUAACCAACGACUAGGCUCUACUGGUGCCUCACAAAUUAAGGCACAUCCUUGGUUUGAAGGUGUAGAAUGGGAAAAUAUUUACCAAAUUGAAGCUGCGUUCAUUCCUGAGGUCAACGACGAUUUGGAUACUCAAAACUUUGAGAAGUUCGAUGAGGAAGAUAAUCAAACUCAAGCACCCUCUAGAACAGGGCCAUGGAGAAAAAUGUUAUCUUCAAAAGACAUAAAUUUUGUCGGCUACACAUACAAAAACUUUGAAAUCGUCAACGAUUAUCAAGUCCCCGGUAUAGCCGAACUAAAAAAGAAAGAGUCAAAAUCAAAGAGACCAUCGGUUAAGUCACUAUUCGAGAGCGAAUCGGAGUCCUCGUCUUCUUCUGGUUCGGAGCAGCAGACCAUUAACCGGAGCUUUUCGAAUCCGACGCCUCGUGGAAUGGAACCCAACCUCAGACCUUUGGAGAUUGUUGGAGAAAAUAUGGAUCUUGUGAUUGCUGGAAAAUUUAAACUUGGGAGGAAAAUUGGUAGUGGAUCGUUUGGAGAGCUUUAUCUAGGUGUAAAUGUGCAAACCGGAGAAGAAGUUGCUGUCAAGCUGGAAUCUGUGAAAACUAAGCAUCCCCAACUCCACUAUGAGUCGAAAUUGUAUAUGCUGCUUCAAGGAGGAACUGGUGUUCCUAACCUCAAGUGGUAUGGAGUUGAAGGGGAUUACAAUGUUAUGGUUAUUGACCUUCUAGGUCCUAGUCUUGAAGACUUGUUUAACUACUGUAACAGAAAACUCUCUUUGAAAACCGUUCUCAUGCUUGCAGAUCAGCUGAUUAACAGAGUCGAGUUUAUGCAUACUAGAGGUUUUCUUCACCGUGAUAUUAAACCUGACAACUUCUUAAUGGGCCUUGGUCGCAAAGCAAAUCAGGUUUAUAUCAUUGAUUUUGGACUGGGGAAGAAAUACAGAGACCUUCAGACUCACAGGCACAUUCCGUACAGAGAAAACAAAAACCUCACUGGAACAGCUCGGUAUGCAAGUGUGAACACUCACCUUGGAGUCGAACAAAGUCGAAGAGAUGAUUUGGAAGCACUUGGUUAUGUGCUUAUGUAUUUCCUCAAAGGGAGCUUACCCUGGCAGGGAUUAAAAGCUGGGACAAAGAAGCAGAAGUAUGACAGAAUUAGUGAGAAAAAAGUAGCAACUCCUAUAGAGGUAUUGUGUAAAAAUCAACCGUCUGAGUUUGUUUCGUACUUUCGUUACUGCCGGUCUCUACGGUUUGAUGACAAACCUGAUUACUCUUACCUUAAGAGGCUAUUCCGGGACUUGUUUAUUCGAGAAGGUUAUCAGUUUGAUUAUGUAUUUGACUGGACAGUUCUGAAGUAUCCUCAGAUUGGUUCCAGCUCUGGUUCUAGUUCACGGACACGGAAUCAUAUAACUACGAAACCAGGGCCAAGUGCAGGACCUUCUCUCGAAAAAACGGAGAGGAUUGCUGGAAAGGAGACUCGCGAGAACCGGUUCUCGGGUGCAGUUGAGGCUUUCUCAAGAAGGCAUCCGACAACUUCUACUCCGCGUGAUCACUCUGCAUCAAGAAACUCCGAUGAUGGGCCUUUGUCUAAGCAUCCGCCUGGUGACUCAGAAAGACCACGCAGUUCCUCAAGAUACGGAAGCUCUUCGAGGAGAGCAAUUGCGUCAAGCUCUCGACCAAGUUCCGCUGGUGGACCAAGCGAUAGUCGAUCAUCUAGCCGUCUGGUGACUUCAACUGGAGGGGUCGGAACUAUAAGCAACCGUGCAUCAACAAGCCAGAGAAUUCAAUCAGGAAACGAAUCCAAGACUUCUUCUUUUCCGCGUGCAGCUAGAAACACUAGAGAAGAUCCAUUAAGGAGGAGCUUAGAGCUUCUCUCUCUCCGAAAAUGAAACCUGAGAAACAAGAAAGUCACUAUACGUACAAACCAAACGAACAAUAGACAGAUAAUCCUAAG